AUAACGUAGGACAUGACUUUACAUCCUGAUUAGGAGUCAGCGGUUAAAAUGUCUCCUCCCCAUCCUUCCUCCUCAUUCUGCUCUAUCUGCUUUGCAUUCUUUCCUCCACAUCCUCCACAAGCAGUGACUCUGUUUUAAAUUUUCUACUCUGCAAACAAGAUGCAGACAGAAGAGAUCGGUGCUGAAGACUGACUCAUUGAAAGCGUCAUGUCUAAGAUUCUUCUUGUGAACACCAAUAACAACAACCUUGGACUAGUUGCCAGUCACCAUCAGCGGCCAGCUGAGGACCGUCAGUGUCGCCUUGAACUUGAACCACAAACCUCAUUGUUCAAAUGUCCCACUUCUUCAUUGCUGGUGGAUUUAUGAGUCAGUUAUACACACAACUACUUCCCCUGUUGAAAGGGUUUUGGCAAUGAGUUAUCACAGCCUUCAGGUUCCAGCUCCUGCAGCCCUAAACAGCAUUAGUCGAUAUCGAGGGCGGGUGGAUGGAUCGUCACAGAUUGUUUCCACUACUGUGGGCUAGAAGCUGGAAUGCUCCAUUAUAUUUUGGGGGUGGUGUUUUCUUAAUGUUGUUGGACAAGUUGCCCUCAAAUAACAUGGAUGGAAGGACCAUUGUUCAGUUCCAGGACCCCGCUUGGAUUAUUUCAUUUUGGACCUCCAUCUUUUGGCUUUUAUUCCUUGGCUAAGUUGGAAAAUAUGGGAAGGCAAAAUUGUCAUAUUUGUAUGUCUUUCAUAUUUCUUUAAUUAUGGCAGUGUCCAUCACCUGACCCCAGGUAUUGAACUUCUCUUUUGAUGUAGCUUUUUUUUUUUUCUUCUUCUUCUUCUUUUUUGUGACGACUACUCGCUGUCUGUAACCACAGGCCAGUUUGGUGGCCUGUGGCUUUGACUGCCUCUUUAAGGCCAACAGGCGAGAUAUAUGAGAAACUGGAUUUGGGGAAGCAGAAAUAGACUGAUCGGAGAGUCUGUGGCAUGGCAGCAGAUCACAGCGAGCUGCUGGCUGAAAUGGCCACAGUGGGGCGCCUGAGUGCCACCGAACGCAUGAAGCAUGCCCAGAAACGUCGCGCUCAACAGCUGAAGGCUUGGAACCAGAUGGAGAAGGAUGCAGUGAGGGGAUCCAAGGCCAAAGCAGAUAAGAAGAAAGGACGCACAAGCAAAGUGAAGUUCCCCAAUGCGGUCACCCUGUUGGACGCUGCAGCACGGAAUGAUGUCGAGGAGGUGAGGGAGCUGCUGAACUGUGGUGUCAGCCCAGACCUGUUCAACGAGGACGGACUGACUGCUCUACAUCAGUGCUGCAUUGAUGACUUUGUGGAGGUCGUGCAGUGCCUCCUGGAUGCCGGCGCCUGCGUGAAUGCAUGUGACAGUGAGCUGUGGACUCCACUGCACGCCGCUGCCACCUGUGGCCACACAGGGCUGGUGCAGCUCCUGGUUCAGGCUGGGGCUAACCUGCUGGCUGUCAAUGCAGAUGGCAACAUGCCCUAUGACCUCUGUGAGGAUGAAGCCACCCUGGAGCUGCUGGAGAUGGUGAUGGCUGAACAGGGAAUAACUCAGGACCAAAUAGAUGAAUGUCGAGGCACUAAAGAGAAGGUGAUGCUGGCCGACAUUCAGGCUCUGCUUCGGAGCGGAGACGACCUAAAUGUACAGGAUGAUAAUGGCACAACACUGCUCCACAUUGCAUCUGCUAACGGCUACAUGUCUGUGGCUGAACUGCUGCUGGAGCACAAGGCUCAGAUGGAGGUCAAGGACUCGGACGGCUGGACGCCACUGCAUGCUGCCUCCUGCUGGGGACAAAUCCAAAUGAUAGAACUGCUGGUGGCCCACGGAGCCAGUCUAAAUGCCAAGUCUGUCCUGGAUGAGACUCCACUCGACAUGUGCAUGGACGAGGAGGUCAGAGCCAAACUGUUGGAUCUGAAGCACAAACACGACGCCAUCAUGAAAAGUCAGGACCGGCAGAAGGGCACGCUGCAGAGACGAGCGUCCAGCACGGGCAGCAGAGGGAAGGUGGUGCGUCGCGUCAGCGUGAAUGAGCGCUCCAGUCUGUACAGGCGGGAGCACCACAAGGAGGCCAUGGUGUGGCAGGAGCGCGGGCGGCAAACCGAACCGCAGGACGACGACGAGGACAGACAAACGGACAACGAGCUGCACCAGCACGCGGCCAUGCUUGCUGGUGGUGGCGCCGCAUCUCUCCUGGAGGACAUGGAGGCUGCAGACCAGGAAAUCUCCUCUGGCCUGGGAAACGGCGGCACAUCGGUGUCGUUGGCCUCCUCCGUCCCCGGGGAGCUGUGGACCGGAGGGGGACGCAUGGAGCGCAGCGCCUCCUACCAGCUCAGCCCCGGCUCUGCGGAGGACGCCGCGGCUGACAGCAUGACCCGGGAGAAAUCCCACCACACCCUCGCCGAACUCAAACGCCAGCGUGCGGCUGCUAAACUCAACAAGUACCCAGCACCCCCUCCACCACUGGCCUCCCCAGAGGAGGAGCCACCUCCUGUCGCAGCAGGUGAGAUGACGCCUCCUCCGGACCAGCAGGAUCUCCAACGGGCGGCGAGUGUGGAGGAGGCGUCCUCCCCCGGACAGGUGUACUUCACGCCCGCGAGCGGUGAGCCUCCGCUGCUGAAACUGCGAGCUCCCGAGGAGGAGUCCAACAACAAGGAGCCGUGCUGCGGACUCAUGUAGACUCACCACGAGGAGAGAGGCGGAGUAACGCUGCUUAGCUCCUCCCCAAAAAGGACAGAGGCAACAUAUUUACUCAGUCGCAGCAUUUCAAAACACUGUAUUCUGGGUUCAAAGUGUCUGACGACUGCUCUUUAAUGCCAGGACUCUCUUGGUGGCGCUGUGGGGAUAAAACCUUUUUGAAAUAGUUGAAGAAACGGGCACGUUUUGACAUCUU